UGACAAGAAAUCGAUUUCGGAUUCUUUUCAAAACAAUUUUUUCACAUAUACCUCACAUUGUUUGAGAUCGGCAAUCUUUCUUUAUGCUGAUGACCUUUUUUGAUUCAAGAGAACAAAAAUUGCGAUUUAACAUCUUAUAAUAAUUUAAGGUGUAUUAAAUAUUGCAGUAUCUUACAAAACAAUACUAAUCAGAAGAUAAAUUAAGAGAGAUAACUAGAACCUGAUGGGCUCUACAGAUGACCUACAAAGUGCCAGCCGUAUACCGAAAUCAUAAUCGGGAUCAAUAAAACAUCAUCUCUCACAUUUUAAAUCUUAAUUUUAAGAAUGAUAAUCAUUUGAAAUCAAAUUUUGAAUUUCAAAUCACUUGAAUAAUUUUUUUUUUAAUAGACUCCCGAAGCUGAUUGGGAUACAAUUGAUCAAGCUCAAGUAAUAAAUGAUGUUCGUCUAGCAUUUGAAUCUUCUGAUGUUGAAUUAACAACAGAUGAUGAUGAUAGUUUAUAUCAACAUCAACAUCCGGUGAUAAUAAAUAAUGAUUCAACACAUCAUCAUAAUGGUGAUCCUCAAACAUUAGCACUUGUUUUACAAGAACAACUUGAUGCUAUAAAUAAUGAAAUUCGUAUGAUUCAAGCUGAAAAAGUUGAUACUGAAUUACGUGCUGAAGAACUUGAAUCACGUGUUGUUAACAAUUCUAUUUAUCAUUUACAUGAUGAAAAUGAAAAUGAAAAAGAUAAUGAAAAUAAUAAUAAUAAUAAUAAUAAUCAUAAAUUAAAUUCUCAAUAUCAUUCAAUAUCAUUAACAAAUGGAACUAUUAAUCGUUAUAGUACACAUUUAACACAAAAUUCAUUGUCAACAAAUAAAUCAAAUACAAAUACAAACUAUACUACAUGUUUAUCACCAUCACAUACAACAUCAAUAUCACCAAAUGGAAAAAAUUAUAAAUUUAAUACUACUAAUUCUAAUGUAUCAACAUCAAAUAUAUAUCCAUUAGAUUCUAGUGACUAUGAUCGAACAACACAUCGUCAAUCACCACGUUCAUUUCAAAAUGAUUAUAGUGCAGUACGUUAUGAAAAAUGUGAACCAAGUCCACCAGUAACAGUAGCACGAGUAACAACAAAUUUACGUACAGCUACACCACAUCAUGUUUAUCAAUUAUCUUCAAGUAUUCAAAAUCAAUAUAGAAUUAGUACAACACCCUCGAGAACAAAUGUACAACAUGUUGAUGAUAAUACAAAGAAUUAUUUUCCAAAUCCGUCCACAUUUCAAUCUACAUCAUUAUCAUCCGCUAAUAAUCAAGAUACUCCGAGUCCAAUAAGUUCUCAAAAUUCGACAUCAGGUGAUGACAAUAGUGUAUAUAGUCGAAAUCAACAACAACAACAGCAACAGCAACAAAAAAAGAAAGGUAUUCGAAAUUCUCUUGGACGUUUGUUUACACGUAAACCUGAUCUUAUUGAUAAUAAGCCAGUACGUGAAAAUACUCAUCCAAUACCUUAUAUAACUCGUGCAUCAUCUUUACCAGUUGAUAAUGAAAUGACAGAAUCAACAACUGGUACAUUACUUAGUUUAGGUAAAACUGAAUUUGAUCGACGUAUUAAAAAAAAACAAGAACUACUCGAAGAUGCGAUACAAAAUAAUCGACCAUUUCCAACAUGGGAUGGUGCAACUGUUGUUGCAUGGCUUGAAUUAUGGGUUAAAAUGCCAGCAUGGUAUGUAGCUGCAUGUCGUGCUAAUGUUAAAUCAGGUGCGAUUAUGUCUGAAUUAAAUGAUGAAGAAAUUCAACGACAAAUUGGUAUUAGUAAUCCAUUACAUCGACUUAAAUUACGAUUAGCUAUACAAGAAAUAUUAAAUUUAACAUCACCAAAUGGACCUCGAACAUCUGUAACAUCAUUAGCUUUUGGUGAAAUGAAUCAUGAAUGGAUUGGUAAUGAAUGGUUACCAAGUAUAGGUUUACCACAAUAUCGUACAUGUUUUAUGGAAUGUCUUGUUGAUGCAAGAAUGCUUGAACAUUUAAAUAAAAAAGAUUUAAAUAAACAAUUAAAAAUGGUUGAUAGUUUUCAUCGUACAAGUUUUCAUUAUGGUAUUAUGGUAUUAAAACGAAUAAAUUAUGAUAAAAAAGAACUUGAUCGUAGACGUGAAGAAUCAUUAAAUGAAAAUCGAGAUGUUAUUAUAUGGACUAAUGAAAGAGUUAUUCAAUGGUUAACAACAAUUAAUGGAUUAAAAGAAUAUGCAAAUAAUUUAACGGAAUCUGGAAUACAUGGUGGACUUAUUGCAUUUGAUGAAACAUUUGAUUAUAAUGCAUUAGCUUUAGCUUUACAAAUACCUAAUCAACAAACAACAGUAAGAUAUUAUUAUAUUUUAAAAUGA